UACGAAACGGAAGUUUGCCUAUGCGCAUUAGUGUUUACGUUGUGAACGGCGUGACGCAAACGUUGAGGAAUUGAGUGAAGACAUCUACCUUGAGUAUUUGACCAGUUGUCCAGGAGGUGGAGUUGAGUGUUUUGACUGUGAGUGAAUCCAUUUCCCUGCAAAAUGGAUUUCCAACACAGAGCUGGGGGCAAGACUGGGAGUGGUGGGGUUGCGUCCUCCUCGGAGAGCAACCGGGACCGGCGAGAGCGGCUCCGCCAGCUGGCUCUGGAGACCAUUGACAUCAACAAGGACCCCUAUUUCAUGAAGAACCAUCUGGGCUCUUAUGAGUGUAAACUGUGUCUGACACUCCACAACAAUGAGGGCAGCUACCUGGCCCAUACACAGGGAAAGAAGCAUCAAACAAAUUUAGCGAGAAGAGCAGCCAAAGAAGCAAAAGAAGCUCCCGCCCAACCAGCCCCCGAAAAGGUGAAGGUUGAGGUCAAGAAAUUUGUGAAAAUUGGUCGACCGGGGUACAAAGUAACAAAACAGAGAGAUCCAGAGAGCGGGCAACAGUCUUUACUUUUCCAGAUUGAUUACCCAGAGAUAGCAGAGGGCAUAGGACCCAGGCAUCGCUUCAUGUCUGCAUACGAGCAGCGCAUCGAGCCCCCAGACCGUCGUUGGCAGUACCUUCUACUGGCUGCAGAGCCCUACGAGACGAUCGCCUUCAAGGUGCCAAGCAGAGAGAUUGAUAAAGGCGAGAGUCGCUUCUGGACCCACUGGAACAAAGAUACAAAACAGUUCUUCCUGCAGUUCCACUUCAAGAUGGAGAAAGCCCUCGCCCCACCCAGCGGACCCGUACCCCCCAUAGGUAUAAAGCGCCCACCUCCCCUGAUGAGUGGGAUGGGGCCUCGACCCCCCAGUGAGCCCAUGCCCCCUCCACUACCAGGGGGGAUGAAUAUGCCCCCUUUACCCCCUGGCGCCCCCGGCCCUCCCCAGAUGCACCAACACCAUCAAAUGCAGCACAGUGGCCCCGGAAUGGGUAUGCCACCCCUGAUGAGACCCCCACUCCCCUCUGACAGCCAUGAAGGAAUGCCCCAUCAAAACAACUGAUCUCCAACCAGCACAUCAUCCUUCUGUUAGAUUGUUUGCCUAUCAUUUGGUUGCUAUAACAGUGCCCCAUUUUAGGACUAUGUCAAGUGUACUGUUUCAUUGUGCGAUGUACUUUUUCUAAACUCUGAAAGAAACUUUGUAUACCUACAUAUAUUCUACAGAUGCAAAAUGGGCCAUAUUCAAUAGGUUUUGUACACAGUUGCCAAGGCAUUGUAUUUAUCAUGCUCGUCUAAUAUCCACACUAUCAUACCAUUUUUAGAAUGAGGCAAUAUAAUGUGCAAGCUUUAAGUGUUAUGCUAGUGUGGCUAUAGGAAGAUAUCCAUUGUUUUAGGUACUUUGUGAUGGCACCAAUAUUAAUAGGAUCCUGCUGUAUUGUAAAUGUUGAGUCUUGUGUAUGAAACAACAUAUUUUAAGGUUCUUUUUUAUAAUAAAACAUGUGGAAAAGUG